AUGGCGUUGAGCAUUGAACAGAUGCCAUCAUGGGUACUCCUAGCAAUUCUCUUCAUUUUAGCUUCGGUAUGCUUAGGGCACUCUUGGGCAUCGUCCAGAACACACAGAAAAAUCCCAGGUAGCACGGGUUGGCCUCUCAUAGGAGAAAGCUUCUCUUUCAUUUCUGAAUUUUCAAGUCCCACCGGUAUUUACAGCUUCAUGAGCAAGAGACAGCAAAGGUACGGAGGAGUGUUCAAAACUAGCGUGUUAGGGAGGUUGAGUGUGUUUAUGACCGGAAGGGAGGCGAGUAAGAUACUGCUGUCAGGGAAAGAUGGGUUGGUCAGCCUUAACCUCUUCUAUACAGGGAAACAGGUCUUGGGUCCCAAUAGCUUACUUCAAAGUACAGGAGAAGCACACAAGCGACUCAGGCGGCUGAUUGCUGAGCCUCUGUCAGUUGAUGGUGUGAAGAGAUAUUUUCAAUUUAUCAAUGAUCUCGCCAUAGAGACUUUGGAUGGAUGGCAAGGACGAACUGUACAUGUCCUUGAUGAGGCUUCUACAUUCACUUUGAAGGUUAUAGGGAAUAUGAUGAUAAGCUUAGAACCAUGGGGAGAGGAGCAAGAAAAGUUCAGGGCCAACUUCAAAAUUAUUUCUUCUUCUUUUGCAUCCUUGCCUUUCAAUGUCCCUGGAUUUGCUUUCUACCGAGGAAUCCAGGCAAGGAAUAAGAUGUAUGCCAUGUUAGACUCCAUCAUAUUCCAAAGAAGAAGUGGCGUGGACUCCAGAUUAGAUUUCUUGCAGUUGUUAUUGAAGAAACAAAACAAACAAGUUGGAGAGGAGGACGAGGACGAUAGACUCACGGACUCACAGCUCAAGGACAACAUCUUGACCUUGCUGAUUGCAGGUCAUGAUACCACGACUGCAGCUCUUACAUGGAUCAUCAAAUUCCUGGAAGAGAAUCCCUUGGUUUUGCAAAAGCUCAGGGAGGAGCACAUGGAAUUCAAGCAAAGCACAAACAGCGGGCCCAAUCUCACCUGGUCUCAAGUCAACAACAUGCCUUAUACCACUAAAGUAAUCAAUGAAACUCUUCGAAAAGCAACAGUUCUCCCUUGGUUUUCAAGGAAAGCUGCCCAGGAUUUCGAAAUCAAUGGAUAUCAAAUUAAGAAAGGCUGGUCCAUCAACUUGGACGUAGUUUCAAUCCAUCAUGAUCCCCAGCUUUUCCCCCAACCUAACAUGUUUGAUCCAUCCAGAUUCGACACGCCCAUGAAACCAUUCAGCUUCUUAGGAUUUGGAAGUGGCCCCCGUAUGUGCCCUGGAAUCAACUUGGCCAGACUGGAAAUUUCUGUUUUCAUCCAUCAUCUGGUCUGCAGAUACGAGUGGAAACCACUGGCGAGAGAUGAUUCUGUCCACCCAACACUCGUUCGCAUGCCCAAGAACAAGUACCCAAUUGUGGUUGAGCCACUCUUAAUCUAGUACCCAUACUUGAUUUGGAAAGAAAUCUCACAAGAAAUCAGGCAGGCUUGACUGACUCAACCAAGCAUGACUCAACUCAUGUAUGGGUACGAGUACUUAAUCUUCUAUUGUUUUGUAAUGGAUUUUAAGUCUAUUCUGGUCGGGUGAUCUAGCUCAGACUACUGAGAACCUCUCGUGGGGCAGCUAGGUUUCACUACUCUCGUGCACCUACAAUACUGGUGGUGCUAGAACAACUUGGCGUGCUUCAAUGUAGUCGUUCUCAAUUAUAUUCUAUAUUGAUGUGUCCAUAGUAGUACCUUAAUUCAUAAGUAAAUAGUGAGUGUCCUAGAAUCCAGUGACAUAUAAGUCACAUCACA